AUGGACAGAGACAGCAUUUCGAGCAGCAGCAACAGCAGCACCUGUGGCUGCACCGCCACCGGCUGCCAUCCGCGGGCUGGUGCUGCUCGCAUCAACGGCACCUCUCUCUACCGCAUCGACACCCACACCCACAUCAUGCCCCGGAGCCUGCCUGACCUCUCUUCGUACCCGGUCAACACGGAGCCCGGUGCCGACAAGCCCUGGCUCGACCUCCGCCCGGCGACCAAGCCCGGCGCCGACCCGGACCAGAUCGACAUGUACGUCGGCGGCAAGUUCUUCCGCACCGUCGAGCCCAACUGUGUUGACGCCGAGAUUCGCAUCCGCGAGAUGGACGCGGAGGGCGUCGACGUCCAGAUCCUCAGCACCGUGCCCAUCUUGUUCUUCUAUGACCAGCCCACCGAGCCUGUUGCCAUCCUCGCGCGCCAUCUCAAUGACCACAUUGCCGAGGUCUGCUCAUCACACCCAGACCGGUUUGUUGGUCUUGCAACGGUGCCCCUACAGGACGUCGCCGAGUCCGUCAAGGAGCUCGAGCGGUGCAAGAGCUUGGGCCUCAAGGGUGUCGAGAUUGGAACCACAAUCGGCGAUAUAAACCUCGACGACCCCUCGCUCGAGCCUUUUUGGAUGGCCUGCCAGGACCUCAAGAUGCCCGUCUUCGUGCACCCGCUCGGCUACUCUCUACCCAAGGAGAACCAAAAGCGGUGGUCCAAGUACUGGGGCUCGUGGCUCGUCGGCAUGCCUUCGGAGACCGCCCUCAGCAUCCUAGCGCUUACUUCUUCCGGUGUGCUGCUCAAAUUCCCCAAUCUAAAGCUCUGCUUCGCCCACGCCGGCGGUGCUUUUCCUGCCCUUCUAGGCAGGAUCCAGCAUGGCUAUGAUUGCCGGCCAGAUCUGGUAGCCGUCAACGCCGGCGGUGUCAGCCCCACGGAUCACAUUACGCACGGCGGCUUCUGGGUCGACUCGCUUGUGCACGAUCCCGACUUGAUGGAAUUCUUGUGCAAGAAGAUUGGCACCGACAGGAUCGUGCUGGGCAGUGACUACCCGUUCCCCCUUGGUGAGGUUCCUAUGGCUGGCAAGAUGCUCUGCACCGAGCCCCAGCUCGACAACUUCCUCAACUGGGACGAGCGAGCCAACAUGCUCGCCCGCAACGCAAUCGACCUAUUCGAACUGGACGACAGCUUCCGGACAAAGUUCGAGGAGCGACUGGCGAUCUUCAAGCGCAAAAACCAAAUCGGCAGUGUUGCGAAGCAGGAGAUCGCUCCCGUGGCUGAGAAGCUGCAUGCUGUCCAGCCACCUGUGCAGAUGGUCCAGUCUAGCGUUGCGGUAUAA